AUGCCCUUCCAGAACACCCUAUCGGUUAAUUUACUUAAGAUCCAAAUCGCGGACAUCUAUACCCCCCCCCACCUGACCCAUCCGAUUUCUACAUAUGGAUGCAUAGUACUUUGAAUUCCCCUCAAAAUAUACGUAUUCUCCCACAACAUCUCCAACGUCAAAUAACAGCAUCCCUCCCACCUCGCAUAUUUUCCCACUACCUUCACGCCACCACUCAACCAACAUAUAGGAAUCCACCGGAUCCUCAUCCGCAGGAAACAUGCAUACUCGACCAAAUGUCUCGGCCCCAAAACGCCCUGUUGUACCUGCUUCCGGGACGUGGUAUUUCCAUUGGCCCGCUCAGUGUCACAACAGAUCCUAUCUCGAGUUCAUCGCACAGAAAGAGGGGUUUUCAGCUCCGAGGACGUGGGUGGCGUUUUGUCUGGUCCUGGCACGACAGCAAUCUGUCUCGCUAUCAUAUGUUGCGUCGUGGGAUAGGUGUUGGGUGAUAAGACGCGGUGGGGUCAUUGGUUGGUGAGGAUGCUGUGUCGCUGGGUUUUAGAGUAGUGGCGGUUGAGGGACAGGGGGGCUCAGGUUUUGGUGGUACGCGUGCGACGCGAGGUUUGGCUAUUUCCGAGAUGUGGGAAGAUUGUAUAAGACUGGUUUAGGGGCCGUGGAUAGCUGCGAAGAUGUGGUGGUGUGUGGGAUGGCGUGGUGAAGGAGUUUGACUGGCUAUGGGCAUGGGUUUGGGAGGGCUGAUCCUGGUCGAU